GGUUCGUUAUCUAUUCAAAAUAGGAUUAUACGAAAUAGACGUGAGUGAGUGGCUAAAGUGACUCGUUUAUGUGACACAGAACAAGGAUGAGAAAAAAAGAUGGCGUCGACGAUAGAAAAGAAACAAAAAGGAAGAGAAAGUAGUAUAAGUGACACUGGUCGACGUUCUUGUGGGGUAUUCUUGUUUCUUGACAUUUCAGACAAGUAUCUUGUAAAAUAUUUUACAUGUAUUUUUAUCACAAGAACCUUGCAGGAAAUCGUAUUCUUGUGAGUUCAUACAAAAGUUGCGAGACGGAUUCUUGUCUGAACUCACAAGAAAGCGAUUUCCUGCAGGGUUCUUGUGAUAAAAAUACAUGUAAAAUAUUUUACAAGAUACUUGUCUGAAAUGCCAAGAAACAAGAAUCUUGCAAGAAUACCCACAAGAACGUCAACUUGACAUGGCCGGGACCGUCCCGGUCCUGACGGGACUGGGAUCGGAACCGGGACCAAAAUGUUAUUUACGGGGACCGCGACGGACUCACAAACUAUUUUUUCGGGGCCAAAUCGAGACUCACGCUACAAAUAAGAUUAUUUUUGACGGUUGUGUAAAAUCAGCUAUAACGUCAGCUAUUCUUCAUAGUCAAAUAGAAAUGUUGUGGAAAAUCGUCACGGAGUCUUAGAGUGCUUUUCUACGCGUUGAGCUUUCCAUCGACAUCAGGCAAACUUUAUUAAAAACACCCGAAUCUCGAUUCGAGAUUCCAAAAAGCAUCUAGCUUCAUAGAAAAAGCAGUUUGUAUGUCAUCAAAUAGAUUGUCAUUCAGCCGACUGUUCAUAUCACGGUUAUCUUGCUUAUAUAAUCAGAAGAAGAAACAUACGGUAUACCUCAUCCAUUAACGGAUAGCUGUUGAUCAGAAAACUUUUGAACUUUCCGGCAUCAAUACAGUGUUAUUUCCCUGUUAGCAGAAUUGCUUUAAGGACCAGAACCAUAAAAACCUUGUGGGACCAGAACAGAGACCGAAAUAACUUUCUGGGACUGGAUCCGAAACCCGGAUCGAAAAAACUUUACGCGACUGGGAACGAGACUGGAUUGAAAAUCCUUGGUCCCGCCCAUAUCUGACGUCGACCAGUGUCACUUAUACUACUUUCUCUUCCUUUUUGUUUCUUUUCUAUCGUCGACGCCAUCUUUUUUUCUCAUCCUUGUUCUGUGUCCCAUAAAGGAGUCACUUUAGCCACUCACUUAUGUCUAUUUCGUAUAACCCUAAUAUAAUCGUCAGCUGCUCAAUCACUUUUUUUGCAUGCAUUCAUGUUUUGAAGUUUUCUUUAUAAUAAUAUUAAUCUAAUAAUUAGGUUCGCUAGUGUGUCAACCACACUGAGCCUUACUCAUUUGAAUCAUUAAAGAUUAAACUAAAUAUAAUCGAUAAACUUUUUGUUUGCAGGCAGCAAUAGUGCGUAUCAUGAAAAUAAAGCAAACAUUAAAUCAUCAAAGCCUUAUUGCUGAAGUAAUGGAACACUUAUCGCUUCAAUUUAAGCCACAGCCUCCAACUAUUAAAAAAUGUGUUGAUAUAUUAAUUGAAAAAGAAUACCUUGGACGUGUACCAAACGAAAAAGGUGUUUAUAGUUAUUUGCCGUAA